UUACAUCUGUUAUGGUUGGAUCAGUGGAAUUAUACAACGGUAACGUCGCAUUGGUAUUCGUCGCAGUUGAUUUUCCCGUACGGUUUGUAUUAUUUGGAAAAGAGACGACGUCUGGCACAAGCGUAUAUUGAUGCGUGUGGACGAACCGAAACUGAGUUGAUACGGAACGCGAUUGUGGCCAUCAAUCUACUCUCUGCAAAAUUGGGCGAUAACAAAUAUUUUUAUGGUGAUAAGCCAAGUUCAUUGGAUGCGCUGAUUUUCGGAUAUUUGGCUCCGAUAUUGAAGUUACCUCUGCCGUCAGAUCGUCUGCAACAACACAUUUUGGGGUGUCCGAAUUUGGUACGAUUCAUCGAGUCUAUUAUUAGUAUUUAUUUGCCACUCACUGAAACGCAGAUACGAUUGCAGUCGCUUUCAAAGGAUAAAUGGCAAAUACGUCGUGCGAGGGCGCAAAAAUCUGCGGAGCGAAUGCAUUUACGACGUGAAACUAUCGAUGAGCAGGCAUCGGCGCCGAUUCGUGAUACAGUUCUGUUUGCAGUGGGUGCACUCACCCUAUCGCUGCUGUUCGCCGUUCAUUUGGGUAUAAUUUCGGUGUCAAUCGAAGAGGACAUCCCACCGAUUGAUAUUGAGUAG